AUGAGCAAAGAACCCGAUCAAAUCUUUCCGGACGUGGAUCGCGCCAAGAAUGGAUAUCUCGCGGACAAGAUGCACAAGGCGCUCAGAACAUUGACUACCCGGGCGGCGCCUUUUUUUGGCUUGGAAGAUCGGAUGCCCAUGGUUCUGGGGUUGAUUUUGGGACUGCAACAUGCGCUGGCCAUGUUGGCCGGGAUCAUCACCCCCCCAAUCCUCAUGUCCGGCUCUAGUGGCGCAGAGCUCCCUGACAACACAGCUCAAUACCUGGUCUCAACCUCCCUGAUUGUCUCCGGCCUCCUCUCCGCCAUCCAAAUGACCCGCUUCCAUAUUUACAAAACCCCUUAUUACCUCGGCACGGGCUUGAUUUCCGUCGUGGGAACCUCCUUCGCCACAAUACCAGUCGCCAUGGGCGCGUUCGCGCAAAUGUACGAGACCGGUUACUGCCCAGUCGACGAACAGGGGAACCACCUCCCCUGCCCACAUGGUUACGGAGCGCUCCUGGCGACGUCAUGCCUCUGCGCGCUGCUUGAAAUCGGGCUCUCGUUCACAAGCACCCGGUACCUAAAGCGCCUCUUCCCGCCGCUCGUUACCGGGCCCACGGUAUUGCUCAUCGGGAUCAAACUCAUCGAGUCUGGCUUGAAAAACUGGGCCGGCGGCAGUGGGUCCUGCGCCUCCCGCCCUCCCGAGGGCCCUUUCAUGCUCUGUCCCAACAACGACGCCCCGCACGCUCUCCCAUGGGGUAGCGGUGAAUUCAUUGGACUAGGCUUCCUCGUCUUCGUCACCAUAAUCCUCUGCGAACGGUUCGGGUCGCCCAUCAUGAAGUCCUGCGCUGUCGUCCUGGGCUUGUUAGUGGGUUGCAUCGUAGCGGCCGCAACGGGUUACUUCGAUCGGGCAGACAUGGACUCCGCGCCCAGCGUCUCAUUCAUCUGGGUACACACCUUCCGACUGGAAAUCUACCCGCCCAUCAUUCUACCCCUUUUGGCUGUGUACACUGUUCUGAUGAUGGAGGCCAUUGGGGACAUUACGGCGACCUGCGACGUGUCCCGGCUGGAUGUUGAGGGUCCGGUUUUCGACACGCGCAUCCAGGGAGGGGUGCUUGCUGACGGCCUCAAUGGGCUCAUCGCAGGGCUCUGCACCAUCACGCCCAUGUCUGUGUUCGCACAGAAUAACGGGGUGAUUUCGCUGACGCGUUGCGCGAAUCGGAAGGCCGGUUACUGCUGCUGUAAAAUUCACGAGGAGAAAUCGGUUUAUUCUAUCAGCUGCGUUGGCGUUGGGUGUGGGUGCUACACUUGUGCCCGAAUGGUUUUCGUUUGUGUUUACGUAUAG